GCGCACUUCGUGCAGAGCUCGUGGGCGACCUGGCUGCUGCAGUGGCACCGCACCGCUUUGAGUCCAAGUAUUUGGUCGUUCCGCAGCGUCCAGCAGGACACGAGCGUGUGACCCCCUCAGCGCCGCUACAGAACGCAAUGUUGCUGGACAGGUCACUCUUCGAUCUUGCGGGCAGGACCUGCGACAAGAUCGGCGUUUCGUACCCAGCAUUUAGGUACCAGCCCGAGAAGUGUGACCGCCCCUCCGGCAGUUUCCAAUCUGGGCCGAAGUCUCUGCCCGGAUCUGUCGAAGCACCCGCACAGCCAAUCCCUAAAUCACGUACUGAGAAUGAAAGGCUGUCAGCAGCCAACCUCGGAACGGCCAAGACCACCCUCAGUGCCAUAGUGACAAGCUUGACAGGGGUUCUUGGCAUGAGGCUUUUCUUUUAG